AUGCAGCUGGCGGAGUGCACACGAAGCUCCCAUAUGAUUGCCAUGCAGGGCUCAACAACUGGCAAAUCGGUUGGUCUGGUCCAAAGAAGUCUUGGUGUUGCAGCAAUCAGCACUUGGGUUGUGGAGACGGAGGUGCCGGCGCAGCGGCAGCUGCUGCAGCGGCAGGUGGCAGCUUCCAUGCCGGUGGCAGCUUCCAUUCCGGUGGCAGCUUCCAUACCGUGCAUCACGUGGUGCACCACGUGUACCACUCAUGAUGCAGCCAGUCAGGGCCAGUCAUGGCCAGUCAUCGUUUGGCCUCGCCAGUAUUGCUUCAUGGCACAGACUGGGCGCGGCGUACGGUAG